AGAAGAACAAAAUUAUAAACAGGGUUCAAUAGUAAAUUACGUUGUUGUACAUAUAUUUUUCAGUUUUCAUCCACGCCGUGAAGGCUAUUAUCGAUUGCAUUACGUAUUUAUAUUUGUAUAUAAAACUAAAAUGGACCAAGCUAGUAACUGCUUCUUAUAAUCAUAUAUAUUUUGUCAACAUUUUAUAAAAUACGAAGUCUUUUGCCGAGAUCACAACAAGCUGAAUUUAUCUCCCUUUUCCGUUACUACGCUACAAUGUAAACAUUGAACAAGCGCGGGAUUUCUGAGUUUGACAUGGAGAACAGUUCAUCGGAUGACGAUAGCGAUACCUUGUCUGAGGGUUCAGAUCUCCAGCUAUUUAGUGAACAUGAAUUUUCAUCGGACACAGACAGUGACGAUGAUACACAGCAGACAGAGUCAUCAAUGGAGCCUGACAGCCAACAAACAGAAGCAACUGAUGAUGACUUCUGGUCUUACGAUCUCCACCCAGUGGACAUAGCACCAUUUACUGAACAAGUAGGCCCAGAUCAUACUUUACAGCCUGACGAUGACUUGUUGAAGUAUUUUUAUCUUAUGAUAAACGAAGAUUUCUUUGAAACCGCGGCUCAGGAGACGAACAGAUAUGCAGAACAGGAAAUGACUCGCAAAGGUUCCCGCGAUUCGAUUUGGUACCCCACAACUAGCCCAGAAAUGAAAGCUUUCUUUGGACUGAAUAUCAUCAUGGGAAUAAAUCAGUUACCUCGCAUCGAUAUGUACUGGUCGGAAAACCCAUUUGUUGGAAAUGAAGGUUUCAAGAAAUGCAUGACAAGGACAAGGUUUGAAAAAUUGCUGCAGUAUCUGCACAUAAAUGACAACCAGGCUCAAGCACCUGCUGGAUCACCGAAUUAUGACAGACUUCAUAAAAUCAGACCACUUAUCGACAUGACAAGAGGAAAUUUCCAGAAGUUUUACAAACCAGGGAAGUGUCAGAGUAUAGAUGAAGGAAUGAUAAGGUACAAGGGACAUCAUUAUGCACAGCAGUACACGCCAGGAAAACCAAUAAAGCGCGGUCUAAAGAUAUGGAUGAGAUGUGAACCAAGUGGCUACACCAAUGAUUACAGAGUGUAUCUUGGUAAACAUGAUUCAAUGUGUGGCCCAUCACUAGGGGAACGAGUCGUCAAACAUUUAUGCAAGCCAUUGAAGUGGAAAGGUCAUCAUGUGUUCUUCGAUAGAUAUUUCACUUCUAUUCCUCUUCUCCAAACUCUUGAAUCCUACGGUGUAUAUGGUUGUGGGACUAUAAUGGCAAACAGGAAAGGGUUUCCCUCACAGCUGAAGAACCCACACCUUCCUGACAGAGGAGAUGCUGAACAGAUGCAACAUAAUAACCUUGUUGCCACCGUAUGGAAUGAUGCUAAACCUGUUCACAUUGCAUCUACAACAUCUGACCCUCUCGGAGAUGGCCCAGCUCAAAGAAGAGUUCGGGGUGGUGGUGUUAUCAUCAUUCAGCGCCCGCCUGCAGUUGAGCACUACCAACAACACUACUAUGGAGUAGACAGGACACAGCAAUACAGAUCCAAGUGUCCAGUUGGCCGUCCAUCCAAAAAGUUUUGGAAGUAUCUGGUCAACUAUAUUUUUGAAAUUUCUCUGAUCAACACAUUCCUUCUUUGGAUUGAAACCCCAGGAACAAGAAAACCAACAAAACAUUUCUCUAUGGUUGACUGCAACUUGUCUAUCGCGGAGAAACUUAUUGGUGAUUUCUCUAGCAGAAAGCGGGCACCUUCAUGUGGAAGGGGAGUUGCAGGUAUUAGUGUUGCUCACAUCAACCGGCACAUCAGCACAAAGUUGACAAGACCGCGAGGAAGAUGCAAACAGUGCAAGAAGAAUGGCAGAAGAAGUGACACAUUUUUUGGUUGUAGCAUUUGUAAUGUACAUCUGUGUAGAGGAGCUUGUUUUCAGGCCUAUCACACUUAUCAUCACUUGCUUAUGGAAUAGGUGUAUAUAUCAUGUAAUGUCUGUUUAUAAUUGCAUGUUUUGUUCAAAUAAUAUGCGUCUACUUUAUUUGGUGGCUUCAAGCACCUAUCUAAUCCACUCAUAUGGUUUGCAUUUUUUCAAAUGUGUUUUUGUCGUGUACCUGUGUACCAUGUAUUUUUAAAACCUUCUAAAUAUGUUAUUGAAGAGAAAUAAACUAUUCAUCACUGUGUGUUGGUAACUGUUGCCAUGACAACCAUUUUAAUUUUAAUGUAUUUAAUAUUUCUAUUGUAUACCAAAGCUGAAUUCUUUAUUCA